AUGCAAAACAUCAAGCGUACACACGAAAGCCCCAAUAUCUCGGAGCUUGCUUUAACUAUAUAUAAUAGAGAGUACGAUUCAACUGCAGACUUGCGACAUAUUUUCUUCACAACCGUUAUAAACGAACAGACUCGAACUCUUAUUACUGAAGAUUUGUACCCAUCUUGGCCAACUGCUCCGGUAAUGACUUGGGAGCAUGGUACCCCGCAAUUUGAACAAAUCAUCGGUACGCGGCUUGGACACCUUACUGGGUAUAUUGUUGGCGGCUUUGAUCGUGGAACUCGCCGCAUUGCCCGUGUAGUGGGCUAUUCUCUUUAUCGAGAUAUUUUGGAUUUGCGCUUCGACAUCGAGCCUAUGUAA